GUCUCUCUUUCUUCAGUCCAAAACCUCACGACAACAAAAACAAAACAUAUCUUCAUUCUCUGUAGAUUUCCAAACCUUAAAAGUUUUAUUAACUACGAGAAAAAGUAACUUUGAUUUUUCCACACGCACAAAAGUAAAAAAAUGGAUGUUGAAGAGGAGGCUGAAUUAAUAAGGCCAGUAAUAUCAAAACCAGUUGCUUCAAGGCCUACUGUUUCCAACUUCAGAUCAUUUUCAGCUGAGAUAGUUCCGGAUGUGGCCGUAAACGUCUCGGCUUAUUCAUCAGUCAAUGCUAUCAGACCAAAGACUGUGAGGUUCAAGCAGCCUCUCAAAAUCAGCUCUCCUCCACCUGUUGAGAUGUUUGUUGAUUCUUCUCAGGCAGAUGAGUUAGGCGCAACUCAAGCCUCUCAUUUAUUAGCUGAUAAGAUCCUGAAAUCAACCAACACGUCUUCUUUGCUAUAUAAACCUCUUGCAAAGACAGUAUCAAGAACAACUGUGAGUCUGUUGGCAAACAUGGGAACGAUUAACGCAAGGAACGAACAAGCACCAGCUCAGGAUCUCCCGUCUCAAUCAGAGAUGGUGAGAGCAAUUGAUCCUCCGAAAGUGAUAGCUGCCAAGUCUGGCAAUGACAAAAGACUGCAGUUAUACACAAAUAACAGUGAUCGGCCUUCUUAUGACGGAUAUAAUUGGAGGAAAUACGGACAAAAACAAGUGAAAGGAAGUGAAUACCCAAGAAGUUACUACAAAUGCACCCACUCGAAUUGCCUAGUGAAAAAGAAAGUGGAAAGAACAUUAGAUGGGGAGAUAGCUGAAAUCGUGUAUAAGGGUGAGCAUAAUCAUUUAAAGCCUCGGCUUCCUAGGCGUCAUGCUUUUGAUGGUACUAGUCAAGAUUCAAACCCCCAAUUGCCAAACAUUCAGCCCAAUGAUGAUAAUGUUAUUGGAUCAUCUUCACAUUUGAACAAUUUCAUCAAGUUAAAAGAAUCUUGUAAUCACGUUUCAAGUGAAGCAUUUGAUGCCGGUAUCUCAAAUCUUGACUCUUUCUGUGGUGAUGCUCGGGCUCAAGAUGGCAUGACGGCUAUAAGGGAGACUGCAGAUGAUGUACCCUCAAGUAAAAGAAGGAAAAGUUUGAGUCGGCUCAAUGAAACAUGUGGUGAAGGCUUACAAGAGCCUCGUGUUGUAGUUCAUGAUGGGACUGAUUCAGAGGCAAUCUCAGACGGUUUUCAUUGGAGAAAGUAUGGGCAGAAAGUUGUGAAAGGAAAUCCUUAUCCCAGAAGUUACUACAGAUGCACGGGAGUUAAGUGCAAUGUGAGGAAACAUGUCGAAAGAGCAUCAGAUGAUCCAGGUGUUUUCAUCACAACCUAUGAAGGUAAACAUAACCAUGAAAUGCCGAUCAAGAAAGCAAACUAAUUGCUAAACGUACUGGAGAUUUUAUCAACCUUCAGAUAAGAUAUACAGACAUAGACGUUAGUUUCGUGUACCCGAAGAAAAUUUCUCCGAGAAUCAGUGGCCUUUUAGAUUCACUGAGCAGCUCUUGUAGUUUUUGGGUAGAUGAUUUUAAGGCAUGGGUCAUUGGGUUGAUUUAGCUGUCACAAAUUGUCUAGUAAAUCAACACCUUGUUUCAUUCAUCUCUUUGCGUAUUUUCAAUGUUACGCAAGAUUUCACUUUCGCAAAAUUUCUCAAUCCAAGUUUCAUGAAGAUGAGAUAGUUAGGGAGAUAUGCUAAUGAAUGCAGAUUCAUAAUUACUCGGUAACUAUUCAUUGAUAACUAGCAGGUUCGUGUGUCGCCGGUUUGACGGUGUCGGUGUUAGUUUGAAGCGUGUUGUGUUACUUAAAUGUAUGUUUUUGGCGUGUAGGAAAGUUCU